AUCCUCAUCUUCGUCGUCGUAUUCGUUGUUGUCUCUGUUACCCUCGUUAUCCUUGUGCUUAGUCGUCGCACUCGUCGUCGUCGUUGUCGUUGUUGUUGCCUUUGUAGUAGUGACGGAGAGCGCGGGCGGUGGGACUUGCGAACGAGGUGGAAGCUACGUCGCUCGAAGUGCCUCCAGUAUCGAACCGACGUUCGUCGUGCGCGGGCACAGUACGUUCCUUUAUGUAUAUACGUACAUUCCAUAAACUCAGGCACGCACGCGCGACAUUUACAUACGCGUUACGUGCCGUCUCCAGUACGUAAGCCGAAGUAAUACGUGUACGUAUAAAAUUGAGCCAAACACAUAUUCAGAGAGGAGAACGAGCCGGGCCGGUACGAACAGACUAUCAGCAGCAGUACCAGCAAAAGCAGCAAAAACAGCAGCUGUCCCUGUCGAUGCGGACGACUGAACGAGGUGUCGUCGAGAGGGUGCGGUGUCAACGGCGCGUGAAGAAUACUUUCUUUUUCUUUCUCUCUCUCUCUCUCUCUCAUCUACACAGUGCGUGGGGUGUGGUAUCCAUUGAACAGGUGUCUACCGAUUGUUUUACAUCUGCGGAAGGAUCAAGAAGAACCGAGACUCUUCGAUGAAGAAGACCGGAAGAGCCGGCAUUUGUAGAAAACGUCGCUCGGCGAUUAUAAAGUCGCCUUUCAAUGGGAUGACAAUACAAUAAAUGAAUUGAGCUCGAUCCUGGCGAGCAUAGAUUAAACAUAAAAAUAUGUCACGACGAGGAACUCCACCUAGGGACGAAGGUAGUCCUAGUCGUCAGGAUAGUCCUAGGACGCCACGUGGCGGUCGACUUCGAGAUAGGGUGAACUUUUUCGAACAAGUAUGGACCGGUGGUCAAGGUUCACCAACGAGUACCGACGAACCACCGGACGAAGUCGAUUCCUCGCGUGCUCGUGUCUUCCGCUCGUCGUUUGCGAGACCAUCGUCAAGAGCCAGCGAUUCCUCCUUCGAAGAAAGCUUCGAGAGACUCGUUGAAGAGGGUGAUUUAAACGGCGCUAAGGUCGUCAAAUUCGAAAAGGUCAUCGUUAGAAAAAGUACUAGAGAAAUAAUAUCGUCGACCUCUAUAAAUGAUACUAACAUUUCUACGAAUGACCCGAUCGUAUUCACGGAAAUGAGCAGGACACCGAGCGAGGAACACGCCCUCGAAGACUCCGCUUAUCAGAGUCAUAGUCACGGUGCUCAAAGUCACGGUGGUAGUAAGUCCAGCUCGGUAACGUCCUUUACUAAAUUUCCAUCGGAAGAAAAUUUCUUUCCAAGAAGAGGCAGCAAUUCUCAACAUUUUUCACCGGACGAUCGACCACCAUCCGUUUGGUAUGCGGAAUAUCGUAGCCAGAGUUUCCAGAAUGUCGCUGCUAGGAUGGAACACCUACGCAGUAGGAGUCAAUAUGAUGCGCAUAUCGCUCAGAUCAAAGACGAACAAGAACGUGUACAGAAGAAGACUUUUGUUAAUUGGAUCAAUUCUUACCUUUCGAAGCGAAUUCCACCCCUUCGUGUAGACGAUUUAAUUGAGGAUUUGAAAGAUGGUACUCGUUUACUCGCUUUGUUGGAAGUUUUGUCGGGUGAAAAGUUGCCAGUGGAAAAAGGCCGUAAUCUAAAAAGGCCUCACUUUCUUAGUAAUGCAAAUACAGCUUUACAAUUUUUACAAAGUAAAAAGAUUAAGUUAGUGAACAUAAAUUCGUCCGACUUAGUCGAUGGACGGCCUCCGGUAGUGUUAGGCUUAAUAUGGACCAUCAUUCUAUACUUUCAGCUACGAUCAAAGGAUCGAAAGAGGAUCGAAGAAAAUACAAGGGCUUUGGAAUAUCUUGGCCAAACUUGGGGUAGUCAGAGUAGUCUUGAAAGUCUUGGAACUCAAGGCUCGGCAGCUAGUGAACGUAAACGUAUCAGUAGCGAAAAAUGGAAACAAGGUGCACGAAAAACUUUGCUUCAAUGGGUCACUAAUACUCUUCCCAAAGAUAUUGGUAUACAAGUGCGUGACUUUGGUGAAAGUUGGAGAGAUGGCAACGCUUUCUUAGCUAUCAUCGAUGCCAUCAAAUCAAAUCUGGUGAAUAUAGCAGCUAUGAAGGAAGGAACAAACAGAACACGAUUGGAAACUGCUUUUGAAAUAGCUGAAGUGGAACUUGGUAUAGCUCGUCUUCUCGACCCUGAAGAUGUUGAUGUACCACAGCCGGAUGAGAAAUCUAUAAUGACAUACGUUGCACAAUUUUUACAUAAUUAUCCAGAUCCAAAGAGUACGAAUCCAGAUUCUUUCUCGUCUAUAAAACAAGAAUACGACGAUCUUUUUAAUUGGCUUAACGAUAGAACAAGAUAUCUCGAACAACUCGAUAGAAAUAAUUCUUUUCCACCUAAUUAUUCGGAAUACAUUUCAUUCAAUGAAGAAGUGGAAGAAAAAAGAUUACUUUACAAAAAGCUGCAAGGUUUAGUUCAUACUCCCUCAAUAAUAAAUAUCACACGUGAUUUUUUGAGAUAUAUACAGAAGUUAUGGAAAACAUUAGAAUUGCUUAUGUUACAUUGGGUUUGGUUAUUAGAUUCUACAUUACCCGGUGAUUUAGGUCUAACGGGUAGAUGGCUUGCUCGUGCAGAAUGUCUCUUGAAUUCGGAUGAGGAUAUACCCGAGGAAAUGACCGAAGAAACAGCUAAUAUUAUUUUGGAAAAAUUAGAAGAUCACAAAAAGUUUUUCUUAGAUUUACCAACAAUGACUGAAAAGUUCGAACAAGCAAAAAAUUCGCCACUCGCGCAACAAGUUUUACGUGAGCAACUUGAAAAUAUGACAGCACGAUUUAGUAGUUUACCAUCAAAAGCAGCAAAGCGAAGGAUCAAGCUAAAGUUCCUGGAACAUAAAUGUUGCCUUGUUGCUUUUCUCUAUUUAGUAGAAACGAAAUUAAAAGGCUGGAACAUUAAAUAUGGUACCGAGGAAAAAGUUCAUCAAAUAUUGGAACAAUAUAGAAAUUUUGUUUCUAGAAAUAGAAUUUUCCAAGAGUUCCAAAAAGCCUAUUUAGAUAUGCAACAGGUUGUCGAUGAAUAUAAACGUGAUGGUGAUAUAGAUAAAGAGGAAUGUCUAGAAAUAGAUCGCUUUAUGCGAGAAACCGGUGAAAAGUGGAAGAAUGUAUCUGUGGAUUUAAGAUGCGUACAAAGUAUGCUUGAAGAAGUGGUUGCUUAUUGGCGUCGAUGGACUGUAGGAUCAGACGAAUUUGAAAAUUGGUUACUUCGUGCAGAAUCUGCCUUAAAUUUGCCAGAAGAAGAAAAAAUGGAAUUCUUUCAAGAUAUUAGUAUCUGGAAGGAUAAACAUCAACAACUUUCAGAUACCGUUAGUUUUCUAAUAGCUACUUCCGAAGAUUUCGUUGCUCUUCGUCUAAAAGAACGUUAUACCGCUCUGACCGACAAAUGGGAACACAUUUUCCAAGAAGCCAAACAAUAUAUGCACGCUGGUGAUCUAUUAAGAAAUAGGAAGGAUUAUAGAAUAGGAGUUGAAACUUUGCAGAAUUGGUUGAGAAAUGCAGAGUCUGCUCUUUCGACUACACAGUUGACCUCUACAGAACGUAUUAAAGCAUACGGAGAGAAACUUCAAACGCUUCAUAACGAAGUUGAAGGUAUAGAAGAUCUUUUCAAGAACAUCAGCAGAAAAUUCCAAACUCUCAUACAAGAGCUAUCUCGUGACGAGGUCGAUAAAAUGAUGAAUACACUUAAAAAAGAAAAAGAAGCUUUGGUAAGAGUUCGUGCUUUGAUACCUAUGCAAUUGCAUUUAUAUCAUCAGCUUCUGGUACAACAAGAAUCUUUGGAAGCUGGUAGGAAAGAAAUAUCUACAUGGUUGGACGAAGCUGAGAGAUUAUUGAACAGUAUCGAUCUUUCGGGUGGUAGAGACGCGAUCUUGGCUCAGUUGGAACGACACAAAACAUUUUUCUUACGAACAUUGUAUUACAAAUCAAUGCUUGAAUCCAAGAACAAGAUAUUUGCUAGUAUAGUUAAAUCUGUGGAUAAUAGUGUUGACACAGAUGUCGAUACAGGUGAAAAUGGUUUAACUUUGAAAGAAUUAAAUGAACGAUUUGCUAGAGUCUGUCAAUUGGCACAAAUGUGGGAACAACGUCUUCAAGAAGUAAUAAGAUGCUUGACGAAAUUCAAGGAAUGUGAACGACAAAUUUCUGAGUGGUUAUUAUCUGCCGAAACACUUCUUAACGAUGUUCACAUUGACAAUCGUUCGUCCGUCGAAUAUCAUAAGAAUUUCUUCAGUAAGGUAAAUGAAAGAUGGAUUCAAGAUUUAAUAAAUACUGCUCAAGAUCUCAGAAAUGUUUUACCAGUUGAACAACAAGCCCCCAUUACUGAGACCGUAGAAAAUUUACAAAAACGUUGGAAAGAAGUACUUACUUUUGCACCGCUUCAUCUUAUGAAACUAGAAUUUCGAUUGGACGAAGCUACGUUGCUUCAAUAUCUUAAAGAAAUUGAGAUGGAAAUUAAUUCGGAACAGCAAGCUCUGAUUCAAAAUAAUGAUAUCGAUAGUAUACUUCAACGAAAUAAAGAGUUUUUUGUUAAUCGUGGUGUUAUUCACAACGUUGAGAGAUGUUUGCAGACAUUAAAAAAGAUUAGCAACACCUUCAGCCAACUAAAACCAAAUGAUAAUAGUUUAAAUCAAGAGAUUGCAAGAACCGAACAUUUGUGGACUGAGACUACUAAGAAAAUAGAUCAUCUUAAAGAGCAGCUUUAUCAGAUUCCUCAACAAUGGGCUGCCUACAGAAAAAAAUUCGACGAGAUGGUGAAUUGGAUGGACCAUGUUGAUAGUAUUUUGAAAACUAUUUUACACGAAGUGAAUACUCUGGAAGAAUUUGAAAAAGAGAAAGCUGUGUUUCAGAAAAUAUGUAAAGAGGCUGAUAAUCAACGCGAGGAGAUGAAAUGGUUAGUUCAGACACUGGAUGCACUUAUCUCCAAUCGUUUAGAUCACGAAGCAAUUUCAGAGCAGAAGAAAUUGGAACAGCUCAUCAGCCGAUAUAAGAAUUUGAUACCAACGAUAGAAAUUACAAUGACAAAAACAGAUAUCUAUUCUAAAAGCUAUACAUACAGGAAAGAAGUUCGAGAAGUGUGUACUCUUUUGCGGAAAGUACGAGAACAAUCAAAGGAAGAGGUUCCACUUGCACAUCCUGAAAGUCUUCCAUCUGCUGUAGCUCAUCAAGAAACACGUCUUCAACAAUUAGAGCAACAAAGAGCCAACAUCGUUAGCAUGUUGCAACGUGGGAAAGAUCUUUUGAAAGAUCAACACGCACCUACCUUCAUAUCUUCCGAAGUCCAACAAUUAGAAGUUAACUGGAAUGAUACAUAUGGACAAAGCAUAGAAACUCUGAAAUCUUUAAAGAAUACACAGAAAUUGUGGACUGCUUAUGAAGAACAAAAAACAGAAGUUCUAAAACUUAUGAAGCAAGCCGAAGAAGAAUUAAAUAGAGUUAAAUCAAGCGUUUACAGCGACGCUGCACAAAUGUCUGCGGAUUUGCAGAAUAAGCAAGAAUUUAGUUCGACUUUAGAAAAAUCUGCUAAAGAAAUGAUGACUAAAUUGCGCGACAUUCAGUCUAAUUUAUCGGACGUAACACCGAUGGAGAAAAAAGAAUUUGUCGAAAAAGAAAUUAUAGAGACAGAAAAGAAAGUGGAAACUACGUUGAAAGUUCUACACAAGACGGUCGUGCAUCUUCAGGAAUAUAAUUCUAAAUGGACCAAAUUCCAAUCAAAAUUCGGAGAGUUGCAAAAUUGGACUCAACAACGAAUUCCGCAAUCUUUAGCGGAAAUUGAGAAUUAUACUAUUUCUCCUGAGGAACGGCUACAUAAAACUGAAAACUUACAGAAGGAAAUUCAUGAAAAGAUCAAAGUUCUGAAAAUUCUCAAAGAGGAAUCACAAACACUCAAAACAGAUGAGACUGAUAAUGCGGAAUCCAAACGUUUGGAUAAGGAACUCGAAAGCCUUCAAAAAGUGGUAACAUCGCUUCAAGAAAAUAAUGAAAUACAACGGCAAAUAGCUGUACAAAAUCUUGCUACAUGGAAAGAAUAUGAAUUAGGAAUUCAAAAAAUAAAACCUUGGAUCGAGGAGGCAGAAUCCAAAAUAUCAUCGAUGGGAAGUAAACCCACAACUUUAGAACAAGCUAUCAAAAUGUUAGACAUUGCGAGAACUUUCGAAAGUGAAUGUCAACAACAACUUCCUCAAGUUCAAAACCUUUCGUUAGUUAGUCAACAAAUUACAGGGAGAACUGCUGCUCCUGAUGAAGUUGAUGCUGUUUAUAGAAGAUGGAACGUAGUUCACGAUAUGGCUGUACAAAUAACGACAAAAUUGGAUAAAUUAGUUUCUUGUUGGAAUAAUUUUGAGAGUGACGCUAAGGAAUUUACUGAAUGGUUGCAAAAAAGUGAAAAAGCUUCUCUUGUUGUACCCAAUAUUCAAACACCAGAAGUCAGUAAACUUGAGCAAGAAUUGGCUAAUCUGAAAAGCUUUAGUAAAUCUAUAUCCGACCAUCAAGCUCAAUUGAUAUCUUUGACUCAAGUAUCUGAUCAUAUUAGUCAUGGUUUGUCUUUGGAAGGUGCCACUAAUUUAAAAAAUCGUGUAUCAGAUUUGAAGUCGCGUGUCAGUAAACUCGCUGAAACAGUACGACAUCAAAUCAAUCUCGUUUCUGAUUCUUUAUUAGCAAGACAAGAAUUCCAAAUGAAAAUAGCAGAUUUUGAGAAUUGGAUGGCAACAUUAAAAUCAAACAUUGCUGAUAUUAAUGAAGUAAACAUCGAUAAUAUUGAUACUACAUUGCAAGCUAUUCACGCUUAUCUUCAAGAACAUUCGGAGAAGCAGCCAAGUUUCACAGCUAUUUACGACGAAGUUAAGCGUCUCUCUACACUGGGAUCGAAACAAGAAGCCGCAUCUUUAGAUGAGAUAUACGUUUCCUUAGCAGAUAAAUACAAAGAACUAGAAGAUGAAUUACAUCAGAAGAAAAAGAUAUUAGAGAAAUGGAUAGAACUGAUGAGCUGGUAUAAUGAAACUACAGCUCAAUUAGAAUACUAUAAAUACGAGGCUGAAGCUCGUAAACCAAGCGUCAAUGAUUUAAACAGACUUUCUUUAGAACUACAAGAUGUACACUCUAAACUGAAUACAUGGAAGGAUCAAGUAGGUGCUAUAGACAGCUCUUUGAAAGUGCGUAUUCGCGAUAAACAAGAGAAUCCUCUUACAGCUUCCGCUUUGGUUAGCGAUUUGGAAGCUAAAGCAGUCGUUUUAGAAACGGAAUUAUCAACUAAACGUGAAAAAUUGGAAACUCUUGGUGCCAGAUGGGAUAAUUUCAAAAAAUUACAAGACAAAAUUACAGAAGAUAUCUUGAAAACUCAAAGUAGUUUACAAGAAAUUAUUGACAAUGUUGAUUCUUGCGAACAGUUAGCGCCAGCGGUGGAUAAAAUUGAACAAUUGAUAGAAAUACAUCAAGGGAAAGAAUCUGACAAACAAUUGCUUCACCGCGAAGCUGACAAUCUCAUGCAGGAAGAUCAAAGAGCCAUGACUAACAUUCAAGUUGUUCUGUCUUACGUUGAUGCCAAUUGGGAAAAGGUCAGCGUACUUCUUCAAGAACAAAAGAAGAAGUAUGCUGAAAUGGACAAUGAUUGGAAGCAAUAUCAGGAGGCAGAAGAAAGGCUGCAGAAAUUCAUGAACGAAUCUGCUUUAUUAUGUCAAAGCGUGAAAGAAGUUCCUGAUGACAUAACGCAAGCAACAGUAGCUUUGGAUAAAUAUAAAAGAGCAUCGGAGAUUUUAAAGAAAGGAAAACAAUUUUUGGAUAAAAUGGAAUGUAAGGCUCAACAGAUUAUGAAAGAUGCUUCGCUUUUACCCAAUUUUAAAUCCGAUUUAGUAACUUCGAAUCUUAACGAAAAUCGCAAGAAAUAUCAAGAAACUUAUAGUAACAUUAUCGACAAACUUCAACUCUAUGAAACACAACUUAUUAUUUGGAAACAAAUAGAAGAAGCAAAAUAUGAAUUAACACGAUGGCUUACCGACACGAAUGAAGCUCUUACGUCUGCUCGUGAAUGUUUACUCGAUUCCGAGAGUUGUCAAAUGCGAUUAAUAAGAUAUAGCGAGGAAUUGCCAGCUCAUUUACAAUUUAAACAGGGAAUUAUCACGAAAAUUGAGCAAUUAAAGAAAUUAAAUAAAAAUACUGAUAUACCAACAUUAGAUGCUUUAAGAAAUUUGUUGGAUGAACAAUUUAACAUCGUUAAAGAGGCAGCAGAGAAAUUAAAAUCAUUGACGAUGACUUUGAAUGAAAAAGAGAGAGACAUUAGAAACGAGAUCGAAAAAUGCAGCGAUUUAAUAUCUAAAAUUCGCGAAGAGAUUAUUAAAUGCGACGAUUUAACGGGAGAGAAUACGAAAAUACUUGGUAGAAUCAACAAGUGUCAAGAAUUAAAAGCUAAGCUCAAUGAAUGCGAUUAUACUUUGUCAAAAAUCGAAGAAAAUCUUACAAUAACGACAUCGGAAUAUCCAACGAUAUCUAAGUCUUCUUUACACAAGGAGCUUCAAGCUUUAAUAUUACGAAAAGACGGUGUUAGUAGUCAUGCUGAUAAAGUAAAUGCAACGUUAGUAGCAUUUUUAACGAAGUUAUAUCACGAGAAAUUUGGAGCUCUUCAACGAAUGGUAGCAAUUCACAAGGAAAAGGUAGCUUGGUGCGAACCAGAACAAAGUAGCGAUCGUUAUAAUCUCGAAGUGAAGAUGGCUUCUCUCAACGACGUCGAAAUUGGUAUUGCUGACUGCGAAGCAAGAAAAGACGAUACUGAUAAUUCAUUGAAACUUCUGGAAACUGUUGAAAGUCCUGAAAUCACGAACGUUCUAAGAAUCGAGCGUGACAAGGUUGCGGUAGAAUUGGAAUCUCUAAAAGCAAGUUAUAAAAACAUCAAAUCUGUUUUAGAGCACAACGUUUCUCUAUGGCAACGUUAUGAAAAUCUAUCUGAAAGUGUAGUCUCCUGGUUAAAGGAGAAUGAAAACAGAAUUAGGGCAGAAGCUUCUGUAUUACUUAAUAUAAAUGAGAUAGAAAAUAAAAUUAAAGAAAUCAAGCAAUUACAAACUUCUGUGAAAGAUUAUCACACUGUUUUGCAAGAUGUUAUUGAUCUUGGUGAGGAUAUUAACAAAGUUAGCCCUGAAUCUCGUGUUAAACAAUACGUAGGACAUCUUGAUAGCCGAUACCAAUCUAUACUCAAAUUUUUGUCACAAUAUUUGGACAGAUUACAUGAGCUAAAGGAAGGUAGAGAUCAGUAUACAGCAAGUGUUACAGAAUUACAAUCUUGGAUAGAGAAUGCUGAACGUAAAUUGAAAACUUUCGAUGAGAUUAGUGGUCCUAAACCUAUGACGUUUUAUCAGUCACGAUUAAAGGAAUUAAAGGCUUUUGCAGAAGAAAGAGAAGCCGGUCAAGCCAUUAUGAAUCAUACAGCAGAAUUAGGUGAAACUCUUUUCGCAAGAAUCACUCCUGAUUGCAGAGAGUUUAUUAGAACCGAACUCAGAAAUUUACGUAAUCGCGUAGAUGCUUUGACAGAUCAUGCAAAUGUUAUCUAUAAACGAAUUGAAAGUGAUAUGAUGCACCGAUCAUCCUUCGAAGAUAAAUAUUCGCAAGUGAAGCAAUGGGUGAUCGAUGCAGAAUCUAAAUUAGACGAUAAACAGAUGCUCUUACCGAAUCUUCAAGAAAAGAAGCUCGCACUUCAAUCAUAUAAAGCUAUAGCGCAAGAUGUUAAUGUUCAUAAAAAUAUUUUACAACAACUUCAAGAUCGACUUGGCAAAACUCCAGACGAUGAAGCUAGCGAAAUGCUGAGCAGUGUCGUUACAGCUUAUGAGAAGCUUUCAAGGAACGUAGAAGAUCGAAUUAGAAUCGCUGAUAAAUAUGUUUCGAAUCAUGAAUCUUAUCUACAAACCUUUGAGAAGACACGCGAUUGGAUUAACGCGAUAAUUAACGAAACUGCACCUCUUAUCGAGGACCUUCCUGUUGAACGAGACGUUGCUAAAUCCAAAACAACUUUGAUUAAUAAUGUAUUACAACAAAAAGCUGAAGGUGAUCGUAUAUUGUCCGAUUGUAAUCAACAAUUGAAUAUUAUUCUCGAACAGACUUCGAUUCCUGGCCAUGCUGCUUUGAUCAAAGGUUUCGAAGAACAGAAAAAGAAUUGGGAAGAUUUCCUAGCACGUUGCGUAGCAAGCGCUGACAAAUUAAAUCAUCUUUUCAAUCAAUGGUCUGAAUUUGAAAAAGUCGUUGAAGAUCUAGAAGCAUGGACGAAACAAAUGGAUAGUCAAUUGAAAGAUCAAAGUUUAAAAAGUACGGAAGAAGCUAAACGUUUGCAUUUGCAAAAGUUGAAGAAUUUAGAAGAAUGUAUAGCACAGAAGGGUUCAGAGUUUAGUUCUGCCAUAGAGAAAAGUCAAGGUAUCGAAGGAAGUUCAGAUUUAUCGACAAGAAUAUCUCGACAGGCUACGAAAUAUCAAUCUCUUAAAAAUCAGGUGAAAGAAUCAGUAUCGCGCUACGAACAAUUUGUAAAGGAACAUAGUACGUUCAAUGAAAGAUAUAACGAAUUGAUGAAAUGGAUCUCUGGAGUUCAAGCAGAAUUAAAGAAACACAGUGAAAUCGUAGGUAAUCUUUCAUUGUUGCAAAAUAGACAAAAGGCAAUUCGAGAUCUUAGCGAUACUCGAACUAAAGAAAAUGCUCGUUUUGAAUCUGUUAUUGAUCUUGGAGAAAAACUUUAUUCACAUACAUCACCCGAUGGUCGAGAAAUUGUAAGACAACAGUUGAGAGAUUUGAGAACGUUAUGGAAUACAUUUUCCGAAGAUCUACAAUCUGCUACACAAAAGUUGGAUCAAUGUUUGAUGCAUUUCGCCGAGUUCACGUUAUCUCAGGAACAAUUAACAGCUUGGCUUCGAGAUGUUGAGAGCGCUAUGGAACAACACACGGAAUUAAAAUCUUCCUUAGAAGAAAAGAGAGCUCAGCUUCAAAAUCAUAAAAUAAUGCAUCAGGAAAUAAUGUCGCAUCAAACUUUGGUCGAGUCUGCUUGUGACAAAGCGCAACAACUUAUCGAUCAAACCAAGGAUACGUCUUUAAAUAUUUAUUUGCAAACAAUCAAGCAACUCUUCCACGAUAUCGUUGCUAAAUCUCAACAUCUCUUAGAGAAUUUAGAGGAUUGCGCUGAGAAACAUCAUUGCUUUAAUCUGCAAUGUAAAUAUUUCUCAGAUUGGCUUAGUGGUGAAAGAGAAAAAUUGGCUGAAUGCAACGAUAUUACUGGUGAAAAAAGUGAAAUUACUCGUCGUCUAACUACACUUUCGUUGUUGAGAGAUAAUCAAAUACAAGGUGCGGAACAUUUUGGAAAAUUGAAGCAACUUAGUUCAGCUAUGAUGAAGAGUACAGCAGUGAAAGGACAAGAGCUUAUUAAUAAAGAGGUAUCUAGUCUCGAAAAGAGUCUUUCUCAAUAUCUGACUGAAAUUGAAUCUGUUGAAGAAAAGCAAAAAGUUGCUUUAAGAAAAUGGCAGGAUUUCGAAGAUCAGUUGGAAGCUCAUGCACGAUGGUUCUCUUCAAUGGAGGCUACCUUCAGAGAUCAACAACUUCAACCAACUUUGAGUGACAAAGAAGCUCGACUUCAAGCUUUCAAAGAGAAACGAGACAUUAUUUUAAAACAAGAACAAGAGAUCGAUGCAUUCGUUGAUAUAUCUCAUAAUUUAUUGCAUUCCAGUGGUCUCGAACGUAUUAAAAUCUUAAUCUCUCAGAUUAGCUACAGAUAUCAAUUACUUCAUACAUUUAGUAAAGAAGUAAUCAAUCGUUGUCAAAGUAUCGUCGAUGAUCAUCAGACUUACCAAGAUAAAUUGAAAUCUAUCGAUGCAUGGCUUACACCAUUAGAACAAAGUUUGGCUACUUUGAAGAGAGAAGAUAUAGGUGGAAAUCUUGAAGCGAAAGCUUUAUGCUUACAAACGUUAUUAGCGGAAAAAGAACAAGCCGAACAUCGUUUAUCCGGAUUAGCAGCAGCUGGAGAAAGAAUCUUACCAGAUACAUCGGCUCAAGGUCGAGAAAUUAUUCGACAUGAAAUAAGAUGUGUACGAGAACGAUGGGAUAGUCUUGCAGAAGGUAUUGUUGAACAACAAAAGAAGCAAGAUGCUCAAUCUUUACAAUGGUCUACCUAUCAAGAAACUUUGCAACAAACGCUUCUUUGGUUGAAUGCUAUGGAAAGAGCUAUAAAACAAGAUCCACCAGUAAUGUGGCCCUCUUUACAAGAGAUUAGAUCGAAGUUAUUGAAGAACAAAACAUUACAUCAAGAAAUUCUUGCUCAUAAACGGAUUAUAGAAGGAAUUUCCGAAAAAGCCAAUGCUUUGAUUCAAGUUGCACAAGCACCAUCAGAUAUUCAAGAUAAAGUAACUUCGGUUUCCGACAGAUACGAGAAAUUAGUAGAUAGAUCGCAAAAAGCGAUUGCCAGUUUAGAGGAGUUCCUUGAUAUAUUCCAACAAUUUCAAGAUCUUCAACGUGCAUAUCAGGAUUAUCAGAAACAACAGUGGGAACAAUUAACCAGUUACAGCGACUAUACAGCUAAUAAAACUACUCUCCAAAAUAGAUUGGCCAAGGUUCUCGAAAUACAGGAUAAGCAGAAUGAAGGUGAAUUGAAAUUAAACGUUUUGGCCGAGCAUGUCUCACAAAGUGCGAGCAGUUUAUCCCCCAAAGUAUAUUAUGAAUGCAUGAAAAGAGACGUUGCAAACUUAAGAUUUGAAAGUAAGAACUUUGCGAAUGCAGUUAGCGAUGUGAUUCGUUGCAUAGAAGAAAGAAUACAACAAUGGAGCGAAUAUGAAAAUUUAUUGGAACAACUCAUUAUUUGGUUGGCCGAUGCAGAAACAUCCUUGAAGAAUUAUUCACUAAAGAACACGAUUGAAGAAAAACAGGAGCAAUUGGAAAAAUAUCAAGAACUACAAAAGGUUGCAGAAUCACGGAAUACCGAUGUAACUGAAUUGGUGGCGCUUGGUGACCACCUGGAACAAUCGUUAAUUGCGAAUCUCAGACAAAAUGAGGCCGACUUCGAUAAAAUGAGAUAUGAUUCUUCGGACUUGAUCCAGAUUAGUGGCGAGACUAGAUUUUCUUCUAGCGUUCAACAGAUCACUUCUCGAUUUCAAUCAAUACAAGCAACUGCUAAGGAACUCGUGAAGAAAUGCGAACAAGCUACUGCAGAUCAUGCUGCAUAUCUAGAACGUUAUAAACAAUGUUCUGAGUGGCUAGCUACUGCAAGGGGCCGCUAUCAAUCAGUCGCAGAUAAUUUGUGUGGCACGCGUCAAGAGUUAAUCUCAAAAGCUGAUACUUUAAAAGAACUUUUAGGACGGCAAUCGUCAGCAAUCUCCUUACUGAACAGUACGAUUGAAACUGGUGAACGUUUAUAUCCUACGACUGGCGUAGAAGGUAGAGAGAUCAUUCGUCAACAGUUGUCGGACCUUCAACAAGUUUUAGAAGGAUUGUACGAUGAUAUUGCUUCAACGGAACGUGACUUACAAGCUAGAAUCGCAAAAUGGUCAGGUUUCGACGAGUGUAGUGAAGCUUUUGAAAAUUGGUUAAAAGAUGCGGAAUCCCAACUGAAAGAAGAUAUUGAAUUAAAAACUACCUUGGAUGAAAAACGAGGACAGUUGCAAGUUUAUCGUACUUUCUUGCACGAUGUUCAAGUGCAUCAGCAGGAUUUGCUGGACCUUUCGGAUAAAGCAGAUAAUCUUCCAGAGCGUACAGACAAAAUUGAUUCCAUAAUAAACAAAUUAAAACGUAGACAUGCUGAAGUACUGAAACGUGCCGCAGCUUUUGUUGAAAGAUAUGAAGGAAUCGUUAGCGAUCAUCAACAAUAUAGUAAGGCUGUAUUAGAUACACACGAAUGGCUGGAUGCAACUCAUAACGCUGUUAAUCUUUGGGGUGACACUGAAUUAGAACGAGUAUCUUUACAUACGAAUUUAGAUCGUUUACAAAAUCUUUUACAUACGCUUCCAGAAGAGGAACCAAGGGUUCAACAAAUUCGCAUUCUUGGAGAAAAAGUGAUACCUGGUACAUUAGAAACGGGUCAAGUUAAUAUACGAUCACAGAUUGAUUCGUCUCAACAAGAAUGGGAAGGUUUAAUAUCUGCCGUUAAAUCGACUAUCGAAGCAUUGGAAAAUAAACUGCAACAAUGGAACGAAUUUGAGAAUUUAAAAGAACGAUGUCUAGUUUGGAUCAAGGAUACAGAUACAAAACUUCAUGCUGUAGAUCUGAAAUCGACUUUAGCAGAAAAGAAAGAUCAAUUGGAGAAAUUACGUUCACUUCAAGGAGAAGUACGUGCCAAAGAACUCGAAAUUGAUGCGGUUACAGAAAGAGCGCAGCAAUUACAUAAAAAUGUAUCUUCGCGAACAUCACACAUAUCAGAAUUGAGUAUUAAAUAUCAACAAAUAUCAAGCAAGGUUAAAGAUUUAAACAAUCGAUGGCAUCAGUUUGUUGCUGUCCAUCAAGAAUUUGAUAAUCAAUUGUCCGAGUGUAGCAGAUGGUUGAACGAUAUAAAGAACAAAUUAGCUUAUUGUUCGGACUUAAGUGCAUCUUCGCAAAAAGAUUUAGAAAAUAAAAUGGAAACUAUGCAAGAUAUAUUGCUGUAUAAAGAAGAUGGAUUUGCUAAAGUUCAAAAUAUCGUCGAAUUAGCUCAAGCUGUAUUGGCAAAUACAGCACCAAGUGGACAUCAAGCGAUAAAUGAAGCAUUGGCGCAUCUUCAAGAACAAUGGAGUGCUGUAGCAUCGAAAAUGCUUGAGACGAAAACGAAUUUGGAUGAUUCCAUCAACAAGUGGGCUGGUUUACUCGAACAAAUUCAAUCGAUUAAUAAAACUAACGAAUAUAUGCAAACAUCGUUAGAAGAAAUGUCUCAAUUCCAAGCAACAAUGACAGAAAAGAGAAGUCAAUUGGAACGUAUAAAAGCUUUAGAAGAAAAAAUUAGAUGCGAGAACAUAGAAGUUGAGAGUUUGAAAGCUGAAGUUGCUGAAAUGAUUGCGAGUGGACAACAGGGCUUAGCUGCUUCUCAUGCACAAGAUAUAUUGAGUCGAUUUGACAUGCUUUUUGAAAAAAUCAAGUCGCUAUUGGCAGAACGAGAAGAACAAUACAAGGAUCAUCGACUUUAUAAAGAAGCUCACGACAAUUUGAUUAGUUGGCUCAAUCGAGCGCGUGAGAAGAUACCAGCGAUGAAACAGAGAUCACUAAGUGAUAAAUUAGCUAUAGAAAAUGCUGUAGCACCUUUGGAAAGUCUCUUAAAUAAGAAAGCUCAAGGUGAACUCUUGGUAGAACAUUUACAACAUACUGGAAAAGUAGUGUGUGUUAGUACCAAUGUUCAAGGUCAAGAAGUUAUUAAAAACGAAAUCCGUGCUCUCACUGAAAGCUUCGAGGGAUUAUUUAAAGAAAUCAAACAGCAAAAGGAUCAAUUAGAAUCUACUAUCAGUCAAUGGCGCGAUUACAAAGAUGAAUAUGAAAGACUUAGCGAUUGGUUGCAACAAUUUGACAUUCUUAUCAAAGCGCAAAAAAAUGCUUUGUUACCUAAUGUUAAAGAGAAACAAAAGCAAGUUCAAGAAGUCAAGGAAAUAUUAAACAAUUUGAUGAAAGGUCAAGAACAAAUCGACAAGUUUAACAAAACAGCUUCUGGUUUGCUUUCUUCUCAUUUGGAUACUUACGUUAAUAAUCAACUUCGUCAUUUAAAUUCACGGUAUCAAGUGCAAGUAAAUCUUGCUAAAGACGUGCUAAAUAAAGUAGAGACCAAUUUAGCUCAGCACGAAGAGUACGAAGCUUAUCUCGGAAAGGCACGUGCUUGGAUUGAAAACGCAAAGCAGAUUAUAAGACAAGGAACAGAAGCAGCAUCGACCAGUAGUCGCAAUGAAUUGCAAAAUAGAUUAGACAAAAUACAAGAAUUGUUAAGGAAACGAGAAGAAGGACAGAAUUUAGUUCACUUGACAAUAAAUUGUGGGGAAAAGGUGAUGAGAAACACACGGUCUGAUGGUCGAGAAGAAAUUAGCUCGCAAUUGAAAGAUAUACAAAAUGAUUGGGAACGUUUAGUUAAGAAAAUAUCAACGACAAAAGUACACUUAGAAACUAGUCUUUUACAAUGGGCUGACUACAGUUCUUCUUACUCACAAUUGCAGCAAUGGAUCAACGAUCGUGAAGCGAAAUUGCAACAAGUUUGGGAACAAAAAGUUUCCAAAGCUAAAAAAGGUUCAGCUGGUCUGAGUUCUUUAGCGAUUGGCGAGAGAAAAGCAAAUUUACGACAGACAAAUAGUAUCGUACAGGACAUCGUAGCCUUCGAACCGAUGAUACAAUCAGUAGCAACGAAAGCGGAAGAUCUUCGACAAGCUACGCCAGCAACAGAGAUAUCUAUUAAAUAUAAAACUUUAAGUAAGCAUGCCCAAGAACUUUAUGCAAAACAGAAAGAAACCGUUGAACAACAUCAAGCAUUUAUUGAUAGUGGUAACGAAUUCUUACAAUGGAUACGUGUUGCAAAAGAAAGAUUAGGCAAAUGCUCGGAACCUACAGGUGACAAAGAAUCUCUAGCCAGCAAAAUUACUCAACUGAAGGUAUUGCAGUGUGAACUUUCAGAAGGACAGAAAAAACUUGAGAAAGCUUUGGAACGUGGUAAUGCUGCCUGUCAAAUCGCUGAUGCUGAGGAUAAAGAAAUCAUCGAAGAAGAAGUAGCUUUGCUACAGGACGAAUACGACAAUUACGUGGACUCAUUGGGUACUACGAAAUCAUUACUAGAAGAGGCUAUAGUAAAAUGGACUCAGUAUGAAGAACAAUUUUUUGAAGCUGCAGAAUGGUUAACUCAAACUGAACAAUUAGUACAAUCUUUCAAUAAGUUACAGGACAGUCUUGAAGAAAAGAAAAACGUACUUGAACAAUUUCAAGUUCAUUUGCAAACUUUAUUUGAUUGGCAAAAGGAACUCGAUCGUUUGAAUAUGAAAGCACAAAUGUUGGUCGAAACCUGUGCCGACACACGAAUUUCAAAUGCAGUUACUCAAUUGACAACGAAAUACAAUGCUCUCUUAUCGCUUGCCAAAGAAAUUAUGCGACGUUUGGAAUUACAUUAUCAGGAACAUCAACAACACAAUACGUUGCAUCAAGAGUGUGAAGAUUGGAUUGAACGUACUCGAAACAAAUUAGGAGAAUGUAUGGAGAUCCCUAGUACUUUGCAGGAAGUUAAUAAUAAAUUGCACACGUGUAAAACCAUACGGCAAACUUUAGAACAAGGUCAAAAUAAAUUACGUUAUGCUCUUGAAUUAAAGGAAAAAGUUAUAAUGAAUACUGAACAGAACGGUGCCGUAAAAAUUCAAGAAGAUACUGAAAAUCUCAAAGCAGAAUUCGAUAAAUUGUUAGCCGACGUUGAAAUUGCUAGACAAAGACUAUCGGCGCGAGCAAGUGUACUUGAAGAGUUGAACAAAAUUCAUAGAUUGAUCACAGAUUGGAUUGAAGAAGUUGAAGGAAAGGUUCAAGCCGAAGAAAUUUAUAGAAAUGAUCUCAGUGAAAAGCGAGCUCUUUUAGAAAAGUUUAAAACGAUUUUAAGAGACAUAAUAGGUCAUAGUGAUUCCGUUAAUCGACUUAAAACGCGUCUUGCUGAAGAUUCGACCAUACAGAGAAGUCCUUAUGAAGCAACUAUUACAAAGUAUGAAACAGUUAAGCAAUCUAUUGCCGAUAAAAUAGGUAAAUUGGAAAAUCAAAUAAAGGAUCAUGAGAAAUUUCAGCAAGCAUAUAACGAAGCUGCUGAUUGGGUACGUCAAACAAAACUCGAACUUCAACAACAUAGCGAUACUCAUGGAGAUAAAGGACAAGUAUUGGAACGUGAAAACAAGGUCAGUCAAAUUAUUUCCUCUCUACCAAAGGGAGAUAAGCUAAUCUCAAAAGUAAUUGAACUAAGGGAUGCUGUAAUCUCGACUACUGGUACAGAAGGUCAGGAUUCCAUCAAGCAAGACGUAAAACAAUUGCAAAAUGAUUGGUCGUUACUACAAUCUCAGUGCCAUGAUUCGCAUGAAACUCUUAAUAAUUGUAUAUCGACAUGGUCUCAAUUUACAGCUGCGUUGGAUAACAUGAAAGCAUGGAUUGAUUGUUUCCAGAAGAAAGUAAUCGAUGAACAAUCGAAAGAAAAUAAAGCGCAAUCGGAUUUAGCACGAUGCAAACAAUUAGUCGAUGAAGCUAUUAAACAAAAACCUAUUCUCGAAGAUCUAAAUGACAAGUGCGAAGCUUUAUUGGAAAUGAGUACUUGGAGCUUAGCUCGUGAUAAAACGGUACAAUUGCAAUCGGCGUAUACAUCGUUACUCACCGAUGCACAAAGUUUGGUUUCCAAAGUUGAAAAGAAUCUAUCGGAUCAUACCGAAUUUUUGAAAGCUAAAAAAGAAAUGGAAGAUUGGUUAUGCUCCGUACAGAAAUCUGUGAAAGAUUGUGUUGGAACUGGUGAUGAAGCAUGGGCUAAAGAUAAACUAGGAAUCCUUAAGGUUGCAGCAUCACAAAUCACCGAGGGUCAACAAUUAUUAUCGACGUUACAAAAUGCUUUCGUGAAGGCCAUUAAUACAGCAUUACCAGAACAACAGGAUCAAUUAAGAACCGAUAUGGCUGAUCUACGAUCAAACUGGGAACAGUUGACUAUGGAUCUAAAUACGAAUCAAGCUCGAGUGAAAUCAAUCCUUAGCCGAUGGGAGGAUCAUGCAGAAACAUAUAAUAAAUUUAAGAAAUGGUUAGAUGAAACUUACGAAUCAACGGAAGAUCUACCAAAUACGAAAGGAGAAUUUGGUGAAAUGAAAACUUUACUUGAACGGUAUAAACACAUACAAGAAACGGUUCAUAGUAAAAAGACCGACCUGGAUAAUUUAAUGGAAGAAGCUGGCGAAUUGUCAAACUGGGCACAAAAUAACGUAACGUUAGAACGUUCGAAAGAACUUUUGACGAAGUGGCAAAUUUUAGGUGAUCGUGUCAACAAGAGAAAGAAAUCGAUAGAAGAUGAAAUGAAAGAAUACAAUGCAUAUCAUGCGGCAUUACAGGACACAGAAAAAUGGCUGUUGCAAAUAUCUUUCCAAUUGAUGGCUCAUAACUCACUCUAUAUAACUAGUAAAGAACAAACAAUGGCUCAGAUGAAACAACACGAAUCAUUAUUAAUGGAAAUACAAAAAUAUCAAACGGUACUUGAUGAUUUAAAAGCUAAAGGUCAAGGACAAAUUAAUCAAUACGUAAUAGUAAAUAAAGAAAUCAAGACUACCAUAGAAACACAAUUACAAAAUGUUCAAGAUAGUUACAAUUCUUUGCUAAAUACUGCUUUACAAAUAAAAGGUAGAUUAGCAGACUCUUUAACGAAAUUCCAAGAGUAUGAAAAUACAUUGGAAAGUAUUGCAAAGAAUCUAGAUUCCUAUCAACCUGAAAUAGCUCGUGAAUUAGAAGCUCCUGUAGAUACUCUUGCCGAAGCAGAAGAAAGUCUAGAAAACGCACGAAUAUUACAUAAUAAGUUACAAGCUGAGAAAACGCGUCUCGCAUUGGCAGUCGAAGCUUGUGAAGCAGCAGCAGCUUGCAUUUCUAGACCUGGCAGUCCUUUAGAUGCACCACCGGUUCAAAUUGCACCUAGAGAGGUUGAAAUUCGAACGAGAUUGGAAGAUCUUAUCGAUCAAAUGCAAACCCACUUGACAAAUGUGACAAAAGUAGUAAGUGAUCUCGAAGAACAAACUAGGCAGAAAAAUGCAUUAUGUAUGUGGAUAAAUCAACAACGAGCACUUUGCGCAGAGUGGAAAUCCAGACCAGCAAAAUUACGUGCUGAGGCAGCACAGGCUGAAUUACAAACAAUGAACGAACUGUUAGUAAAUGUUAAUGAACGUCGUACUCGUGCUAUAACAGAAUUAGCAUCACAUCCGGAAAUACAGGAAGUUGAAGAUGGACUAAAUAAAUUAGAAGCAGAAUUAACUGAUGCCAUUGCAGGUAAACAGGCAUCACAAGAUCUGAUACAAAAGUAUAGAAAUCAAGUGCAAGAUAUCCAAACAUGGUUUGAUACCCUCUCAAAGAAAGCUGAUGGUAUUGAAAAGGGUUGUGGUUUUACGAUCGGUCAAAAGAUUUCAAAUAUAAAAGAAAUCAUCGGUGAAUUUGAAUCCCAAGGUGGAGACAGAAUGGACGAAGUUAAAAAAUUGGGAGAUCAAGUUAUGGAUUCUGUUAGUAAUUUAGACUCGCAACAAAUCGAGGAACAGAUCAAGUUUGUAGAAAGACGAUACACAGACAUAAGUAAAAAAUUGCAAAGGAAAACGCAAGUUCUAGAUAUGACAGCUCAAGGUAUCGAAGCAACUCGUCAAGAAAUCGAGGAGAACCGAAAUUGGAUUGAACAGAAAAAAGAACACGCUAGACUAACCGAGCCACUUGGAUACGAGAGUAAACAAGCAGAAGAAAGAUUGCUUGUUCUCAAGGGUAUAUUAAAAGAAGCCGAAAACAAACAAAUGAUAGUGGACACACUUGAAAAACGUGUUGGAAAUAUGCAAAAUGAAUUAGAGACUAGUGAACAGCAGCAACUAGAAGAUGAUACGAAGGCUUUGCGUGGAGAACAUAUUGAAUUACGCAAUAUUUUGCAAGAAGAAAUUUCUAUUGCAAGUGCCACCGUGGAUGCAUGUCGUAAAUUUGAAACUGAUCUUGCACGAGCUCGUACAUGGAUCAAAAAUAAGAGCAAUGAAUUAAAGAAACUUAGCGGAUACCUUCCACUUAAAGCCUCGAAAGUUGAACAGGAAAUUACACAGCACAGCAGUCUAGAAUCUGAAAUUGCAUCUUUCAAUGAAGGCAAUUUGAAUGAUAUUAUAAAACAAGGACACAAUAUGUUGAAAGAAUGUAAUGCAGAAGACCGUGCUAAAUUACAAGCUCUACUAGAUGAUCUGAACAAAGAUUAUGAAGAACUGAAGAAAGAAGGUAAAGAAAAGCAAGCAUCCCUUAACGAUCUUCUUCAAGGACGCAAAUCAUUCGAGAAUGAAAUGGACAAAUGUCAGCGAUGGAUCAAUGAAGCGGAAGUUGCUACUUCGUUAGAAUUACGAACGUCUAGCGUUGAUGUUCUUCGUGAACAGCUUGCUAAGUACGAUCGAUUAAAGAAAGAAGCCAAAGAAUAUGAAGAUAAUAUAGAAAAAAUAACUCAGCAAGGAAAAUCUAUUUUGCCUACUAUCAGUGAUGCAGAUAAACAAGAACUGAGUGAACAAUUAAAAUGUAUGAAGGAAGCUCACGAUAGAGUAGCUAAUGUAAUAAAUGAACGGGCUAAUAAUCUGCAGAAAAAAAUUGACGAAGCCGAAGAAGCAGCAGCACGUGUUGCCGAAGCAGUACAAUUUAUGGCAGAUAUUCAAAAAGAACUUCAGGAUUUGAAUAAACCGAUUGGUGCACGUAUUGAAGACGUUGAAGGAAUGUUAGUAGCUUAUGAAAGAAUAUUAGAUGAUCUUAAAAGCAACAAAUCAAAAUUAUCUGGUUUACAAUCAGCUAAUGUCGGUGAUCUUCAAAGUAUUCUUGCUCAACAAGAUGAUCUUAUAAGAGCAUUAGAAGCGCAAAUUGCAAAAUUGAGACAGCUAUUACUCCUUCGGCAACAAUUUAUAGCAUUGGUUGGUGAAAUUACUACUUUCAUUGCUAAAUAUACUGAAAUAAUUCGAGAUAUUGAAAAAUCUGGUCAAACAACAGAGGACAAAAUCAAAAGGUAUGAUGAUGCUAUAUUAAAAAUACAAGAAUGUGAAGCUACACUCGCAAGUGCUACAGACAAGGGACAACAAAUAGCUGCAGAAGGUUCGGCCGUUGAUAGAAAUAUUAUAACAGAGCAAUUGCAAACACUUAAACAACAACUCCAGGGUCUUAGAAGAGCCGUCGAAACGCAGAGGGAACAACACGAGCUAGCUGCUGCAGAACAUAGAAGAUUAGCCGAGGAAUUGGCUGAUAUUUUAGAUUGGAUAGAGAGCAAGGAAAAAGAAGUUAAGUCGAGGCCACUUUUGGAAAGAGAUCCGUUAAGCGUAGAAGAGGAGAUAAAUAAGCACAAAAUUCUUUGUGAUAGUAUAAACGAAUAUUUAGACAAAAUUCGAACUUUGAAAGACUCUGUACGACACGAGGAAGGCAUGCCAGGAUCUCUAAAAGAAAUGCUGAGUGAAGCGAUGUCUUUAUUAACUUCAUUGCCUAGAGAAAUGCAGGAACGUGGAAAUUAUAUUGAAAGUAACUUACAAAUGCGGUUGAAUUAUGGCCAGCUAGCCGAAAAAUUACAUCAUUGGGUUAAAGAAGCUAAGAUUCGACUUGAAAGUGAUAAAGAUGGACUUGAUUUUGAAAAUAUUCUUAGCGAUUUGGAGGAACACAAAAUAUACUUUAGUACCGAAUCUUCCAUUCGUGAACUGGUCUCUCAACAAAUUCAACAAGCAGCAGAUAAAAUAUGGCCAUCCUUAAAUAGUUCUGAACAAGAGGAACUAAGCGCUGAACAACAACAACAUACUCAACUAUUGAAGAACACAUUAAAUACUGCUAGAUCUCAACGAGCUCGUAUGGAACAAGGGGCAGAGACUUGGAGAGACUACAGUCAAACCUUGGAACGUGUACGUGCUGUCAUAGCUAGGACAAGAUUCACGGAUGAACCUGUCACAACGUUAGCCGGCUUGCAAUUUAAUAUUCAAAAGAUUACACACGCAUUAAAUGAUAUUCAGAAUCAACAGUUCGAGUUAGACUUGUUAAACGAACGUGGCCGAGAAGUCCUACAUCUGGCAAAUCCUAGAAAUAAGAAGAAGAUAGAAGAUCAAUUAUCGGAGAUAACUACCGAAUGGAAAGAACUUGUUUCUGGUCUAGAAGGUCGUAGAGACGCUCUUGAAGCUCUUUCAAGACAUUGGGAAGAAUUGGAAACGCGUUACUCUCAUGUCGAGACUCGACUAAACGCCAUCGAGGAAAAGAGCAAACUCAUCGAUACAGUAGUUCGAUCCAAGCAACAUCUACAAGAUAUUAGUAAAGCUCUGAACGAAUCGAUUACGGACGCUGAUAAGCUUAGACCUGCAACGGAGGAGAUACAAACAUUAGCGGGACCAGUACUUGUAUAUCUCGCAGCCUUUACACAGGCGCCGGCAUGCGCGCUCGAGGAGCGCAUCAAAAAUCUUCAAAAAUCCGUCGAAUCACUCGUUGGUUCAUUACGAGAGAAAUCGAAGAAAGCGGAGGAAGAUCUAAAGGAACUCGAGAAUACAGAAAGUGAAAUCGAAAGACUACGUAAGGACUUAAACGAAGCUCGAAGUAGCGCAACGAACCUCUACGUGUUCGGCGCUGAUCAGGAAACAGCUGAGAACGAGGUGAAAGAAUUGAAGUCUCACCUCGACGAUCUCGUUGAGACUGCAAAGAAAUUUUCUGGAAACACUAAGGCGCGGUACCAAGUUAGCCAGCAGCUGGUACCAAGUGAUCUUUCCCAGCAUUUAACCGCUCUCGAGCUCUGUGCUGAGGCAACCGCACAGGCAAUGGAUGAGAAGCAGAGAGAACUUAAACGCGCUAGGACCACUAGGUCGGAUUAUUUGACCGACGUAGACGAGGUCCAGGCUUGGGUAAGACAAGCUGAAAUAAAAGUGCAAGAUAGGUCUAUAGAACCGAUCGCACUUAGGGAAAGUCUCAGACAAAUACAGAAUGAGCUGGGCCCGAUCACGGAUAAGCUCGAACGAUUAACGAGAAAUGGUCGUGUGAUCAUUGAGAAUACGAGAGACGAUGCCGAAAAAGAAUUAAUCGAAAAAACAGUUAAUGACUUGAGCGAACAGUUGGGACAAGUACGAAAUUGGCUCGAUGAAAAGAGACAAAUUGUUGGCGACACCUUGGACGCAUGGCAAAGGUUCCUUACACUUUACGAUGCUGUCAGGAUCUGGACUGAAGAAAAGAAGCAAUUCCUAACAGAACCACUCAAACUCAGUACCCUCGUUCAGGCCAGACAAAGGCUACACGAAUAUUCGACUGCUGUAAAAAGCUGUAAACAGGUAAACAAAAAUCUAAGCGACAUGGCAAAAGAGUUAGACAAUAUUCGUCAAGUAACAACCACUGGUGAUUUACCGGAGAAAUUUACCGAGGCAGAGGAAGCUAAAAUACAAGUCGAAGGGCAACUAUUGGAAAGAAACGCUUUGCUGCAAGAAACUAGCGAAGAGUGGGAGCAAUGCGAAAGAAAAAUGAAGGAGGUUAGAAGUUGGAUGGAAAAAGCUAGGCAGACGCUCGAGUCGCCACAAAAUAAGAAAAAGCCUUUGCAUGAUCAGCAUGCUAUUAGGGAAAAAAUGCUGAGCGAUAUAACGAUACAAAAAACUAAAAUCAAAAUAUCCAUCGAAAAACUUCGAGUACACUUCAGAUCUGGAAUCGGUGGAGACAAAAAGAUAACCGAAAUUGCCGAAGAAUUACUCUCGGAAUUAGACGUCCUUUAUAAAACCGUAACAGAAGAGACUGCAUCCUUGGAGCUCUGCUUGGAUCAGAUUGAUCAAUAUCAACAGGAAAUACAAAAAUUACGACAAAAGGUUGUUCAAGUGGAACAGCAACUUAGGACAGUAUUAAGCCCAACAUAUUUACCAAACAACAGAGAAAAAGCUAUUCAAGAACAGCAGAUUUAUCGAGAAAAAAUUAAAUCAUUGCAAAGUAAAAUCCAUUCGUUUACCGAAAGAAUGAAGCUCAUUGUUCAAAGAGGCACUCCUGACCCAGAACUUCUGGAUCCGUGACAAUAAAUUUACCUUAUAAUCAAUUGUUCCUGUCAUCGUCAUUGCUGUCAAUUAUCAGAAAUGUCAAUAAACAACGGCAGAUCUUCCCGCAUAGAUUCAUCGAAAUCACGAAUAUCACACUUCAAUAACAUAAUUUACAGUUUUUUCAAAAAAUCCAUGCGACUGACGUUGACCGUUUUAUCGAUAACGAUAAUUGAAAGUAUUGACGAUGUCCCAUACUACACAUUUCAAUCUGGAUAAGGAUAAUGAUAAUAUAAUGAUGAUUAACAAUUAAUGAAUAUAUUCAAUAAGUGUAAUCAUCUUCUACAUUCUCUUUAUCCACUGAUGAUCGCUCGAUCCAAUGUUUUUAGUAUACCAAGAUUUUUUAACUAAGUUUCUAUAUUGAACAAAGUUACUUGUAUACAUAAUGGGCUACAUGAAAUAUAUCACGAUUUCAUUUCUUCAUUAUAUACAUAUAGUUUAGCUGUAAUCUUAUAUUAAAGAGUAUAGUCUAAUUAAGAGAUUAAGCAAAUAAAAAGCCCGUUUUUCGCUAAUCAAA